UAGACGCAAGCUACAACAAAUCAACGUCUCGGAGCUGUGAAAGAAGAAAAAAAAAAAAAUAAACUACCUACCUGCCUGGUACCUAAGCUUCUAGACUCCUGACGUAAACAUACUUAACGUUACUACCACCACCAACCAACCGUAUCCAAGAAAAAAAAAAGUGCCUAGAGGAGACGACGAGGUAUAACAUCGACAUCAACAACUUAGCCCGGAUCUCCCGCGUUCUCCCGAUUCCAAGCUCGAAGUAAACAACAAGGCGAACUGAGAGAAUCCCGCACAAUCGCAUACAUCACCAACUCCAACUUCAUCUCCCUCUCCCUCUCGCAUAUCGCGCAGCUCAGUCCAAUCCAACCAGCUACUUACCAAGUCAGCUAUCUACCUACCUAUCUAUCAAACCCAAUCGCAAACAUGGAUUUCUCCGACUCAUUUCGAAUCGUCAACCUCGCGGUCGGCGUCAUCAUGGUCCUUGGCGGAAUAUCGCAAUUUUUCAAUCUGGGCUUCCAAUCCAUCAUAAUCGGCGCCUACGUGCUCAUCUUCGGGCUGGCGGUGGCGCUCCUGGAGUUCCAGAUCCCGCCGCAGGUGUCGCGCUACGCGUCCUUCAUGUUCUCGUUCCUGGGCCGCGGCCUGUUCUACGUCUUCGUCGGCUCGCUGCUGCUCAACCACGGCGUCCUGCGCAUCAUCGCCGGCUCCGUCGUCGCCGCCGUCGGCCUCGCCUACGUCGCCCUCGAGUUCGUCCCCUCCGUCGAACCCCCCGCCAACAUGCGCGAGGCCGACGCCGGCUGGGGCGCCGAGCAGGUCUGAUAGAAGGUACCUAACACGUCCCGUCGUCGCCUUACCCGUUACCUUGGGUAGGUACCUAAGGUAUGUAUUUAUAAUACAUAAAUAAAUUAGAGGCGGAUAAGGUUUUCUACCUAGGUACCUAUUCUCUCUAACGAAGGGUCUUCUUAUCAUCUUCAUUUAUAUGAGGAAGAAGUAUUAUUUUUAUCGGCGCGAUUCUCCGAUUUCAAGGCUAUUCAUCAUUACCAUCGUCUUCAUCUUCUUCUUCAUCUUAUCGAGUUUGUUGGUGGAAUGCCGAUUUGGGUGCAACUUCAAAGAGAUGGGGAUUCCUAUCUGGAUAAAACCGCUUUUAAAAAAAUAAACACGUUCGGUAAGAGAGGAGGGGGCAUGGCUGGGCUGGCGGUGGUCGCUUAUAUAGGUACCUAACCUUGUAUGUGUACGAAUAACGGUGGGAAGUGGGAAUGAACUCAUCAUGUAAACCCGAGUCAUGUGUGACGCAAGGCUGGAUAUUUAGGUAGAAGAUGGCCACUGUGAACGAGGUAGACGUCUCAAAAUAUUCUUCUUCCUUAUGGG